AUGGGCACGCAUAUCUCAAGAGUGAAGUCGGUGGAUUUGGACGCGUGGACAGACGAGCAGGUGGAGUCGAUGUUGAAGUGGGGCAACAGCAAGUGCAACGCCUACUGGGAGCUGAAGCUUCCUGACGGUUACGUUCCUGAUGCGUCCAAGAUUGAAAAUUACAUUAGGACAAAAUACGAUAUGAGGAAGUGGGCAGCUCUGCUGAAACCUGACCCGCUGGCUAUACCAGCCAAAAGUGUUGCCAGUUCCGCUCCUGCUCAAGUGCAAAAGCAUACCAGGCUGACUCCCGCCAUCCAAAAACCACAGCCUGAGGUCGCUGUUGACCUUCUAAACGACGACUUUGGCACCUUUUCUCUGGCCCUGCCUCUGCCAGCACCUGUCCCGCCUGCAAAGCCACAGCCAAAAGUACCUCCACAAGCUCUGGUUCCUCCUAGGACAUCUGUUUCUCAACCAGCGCCUCCACCACCUCAGAAACCACAGCAGCAUGCCAACAAUGGCCGUAAUGACUUGAAGAAAUCGAUUUUGUCCCUUUACUCACUGCCUUCGUCGUCCAAUUCCAACGUAUCCACUUCGUCGCUCAUGAAGAGCUCCCAGCCUAAUCUUGCAUUGUUGAACUCAAAAAGGAAUCCAGUUUCGCCCGCUCCUACACAAGAACCGGUCAAUCUGCUUUCAGACUCUUUGCAUGGCUUAUCGUUUGGCCCGGCCUCUCUGUCAAGUUUGCCUCAGGCUAAACCCCCUUCGCAACCUACCAACAGCAGUCCACUGUGGGAAAACCAGUGGAACGAUUCAUCCGCUUCAGUCAAUCAAUGGGCAUCCGACUCUGUUCUUCCUAAAACUACAAUUGCACAGACAGCCUCCAGUGGGUUCAGUCUGACACUUGACGACGACCUAUUCAAAAUGUGUGGAGCUGAGUAUUUGAUCUGUUCUAAAGCAUGCUACAGUCUUUCAUCCUGGCAUUUAAUAGGCAUUUUGGAGUGA